GGCGCGGCCCUCGCUGGGGGAAGCGGGCGAGGCUCCGCGGGGCCGCCGCUGGGCCCGGCCCGGCGCGGGGCGUUGGCCGGGGGAGCGGCGGCCGGGAGGGGCUGGGCCGGCGGCUGGGCCCGGCUCUGAGGUAGCGCCCGGCCUGGCUGUGCUGGCGAGGGUCGAGCCCGGAGCGCUGGCCUGGGUGGGCAGCGAUGUGCUGCUGUGAGGUGCCUCAUUCUCCAGCUCGCCCCUGCCCCGCGGGUGCCCUGCUAGUCCCGGGCAUGGCCGGGUUUCGUCCAGGCCGGUUGCAAAGCAGCCAGCCUCGGGGGGAGGCUGGGGCAGCCCAAGGUCAGGGCAGGCGAAGAGGGGAGAAGGCGCCUGGGUUGAGGGAAGGCGGGGGGACGAGCUGAGCGGGCAUCAGCUGCGAGGAGGUAGGGCUUAAUCGUGGGGCUUAAUCGUGGAGAGGCCGAAGGUGUGUCUGGGCUGAAAUAAGCUGGUGCUAAAAAUGUAUCCCGCUGUCUGAUCGGUAAAAUUGGAUCUCUGGUUGUGACACGUGAAAGCAUCUGUCUGCUUGGGCUUUUUGGUUUUGUUUGAGCUUCAGUGUCGCUUUAAAGCUUGUUUGAUAGCCUAUUGUGUCUGAACCGGUCUUCCCUUUCUUCAUGCUAAGGGCACUGUAAUUGGCUUUUGUUCGUUAGCUGUUGUCUGGAGCCGUAAUCCCCUUUCUUUGUAUAAUCAAACCUGAACAGAUUUCCUGUAGGGAGGUGGGACAUCCAGGCAGUGCGUAGUAAUGCAGUUGGGUUUCUCCCGAGUUCUCGCUGGGUCACUGUGCGGUUUGGAAUGUGAUUAACGUUGUUAUCUGGUCUGAUCGGCCUCCUGUAUUGCCCUAAAUCUCAAUAGUCAAGCAGAACCAAUGAUCAGCAGCACAGUAGAGCUCCGAAAAUGCAAACUCGUCAGAAAACAUUGUUGCUCGAAUUUAAAUGAACUUAAAGCAGUCGUUGUGGCUUCUCUUUGUGAUGGAGGUCUUUCCAUGCUUCAACCCCGGCUCCCCCCCACCUCCCCGGCUUCUGCCAGGUCUACGUGUUUCCCAGAUCAUCUCUUCCUUUCCAGCCCCCGCCCCUUUCCCUUUUCUUGCUGGACAGGGAGAAAAAGGAGAUGUUCACUCUGCAUUGUAAGAUCCUGUGAUGGGACCUUGCGAUUUCAUCCCUUUUAUCUUGACCUUUUACAUUUAAAUCAGCUUAUUGCAUUAAAUCUAAGUUCACUGAAGAAAAGCUUGGUCAAGCAGAGAAGACUGAACUGGAUGCUCACCUGGAGAACCUCCUCAGCAAAGCAGAAUGCACAAAACUGUGGACAGAAAAAAUAAUGAAACAAACAGAAGUCUUACUGCAGCCAAAUCCAAAUGCCAGAAUAGAAGAAUUUGUGUAUGAGAAGCUGGACCGCAAAGCACCAAGCCGCAUGAAUAAUCCAGAAUUACUAGGCCAGUAUAUGAUUGAUGCUGGGAAUGAAUUUGGCCCCGGAACAGCCUAUGGAAAUGCACUCAUUAAAUGUGGAGAAACGCAAAAGCGAAUUGGGACAGCAGACAGAGAACUCAUUCAAACUUCUGCUAUAAAUUUUCUCACUCCUCUAAGAAACUUUAUUGAAGGAGACUACAAAACUAUUACUAAAGAACGUAAGCUAUUACAAAAUAAAAGACUAGAUUUGGAUGCAGCAAAAACCAGAUUGAAGAAGGCAAAAGUUGCAGAAGCUCGAGCUGCACAACUAAACACCUCUCAGCCUGAAGAGAAUAACAUUAUGGUAAAUGUCUCUUACGUGCUCAACUUGCUGCAUGUAAAAUGGCUAAAGAUAUGGGCUGAGGAAGUGACGAAAUCUGAACAGGAAGUGCGGAUUACUCAGAGUGAAUUUGAUCGUCAAGCAGAGAUUACCAGACUUCUGCUGGAAGGAAUCAGCAGCACACAUGCACAUCAUCUUCGCUGUCUGAAUGAUUUUGUUGAAGCUCAGAUGACCUAUUAUGCACAAUGUUACCAAUACAUGUUGGAUCUCCAGAAACAACUUGGAAGCUUUCCAUCCACUUUCCUCUCUAACAAUAAUCAGUCUUCCUCAACUCCUGUGCAGAGUGUUUCUGCUCCCUCAGUCUUGGCCUCAGCCUCUGCUUCGUUGCCUUCAGUAAGCAAUUCAGUAGUUACUUCAGGCAUCAGUGAACUGAAGUCAUCAAGUGGCAGCAGGAAAGCUAGAGUUCUCUAUGAUUAUGAUGCUGCAAACAGCAGUGAAUUAUCACUACUUGCAGAUGAGGUGAUAACAGUGUACAGUAUCCCUGGCAUGGAUUCAGACUGGCUGAUGGGUGAAAGGGGAAAUCAGAAAGGCAAAGUGCCUAUUACUUAUUUAGAACUGCUAAACUAAAUGGUUGGCCUGAAUAAAGACUGUCAAUUAUGGCAACACCAUAUUUAUAUACAAUUAAUGUUAUGUAAGCAGGUUUUAAGUGUCUUCCAUGUUAUUGUCUUGAGGGACAAAUACCAGCCAUUAGAAACUGGCUUUUCUGCCAGCAUGGUUGCAUGGUAAAUACUCUAUUCAAACUUAAUGUGUUUAAAGCUUUUACUUCAUGUGCCAAGAACAUGUUUCCUACAGGUUUGUUUCUACUGAAGUUUUCACUAAUACAAGCUUAUACUUUUGAGUAAUCUAGAUUGAAAGCAGGAGGUACUGUUUUCUACUGAAAUUUUUCAUUAAUGGCAAAGCUUUUCUUCACAUAAAAUAAACUUAUUGUGAACUGA